AGCUAUCUGGCAAAGGUUGCCCUCAGUGGUUGUUACAGCUCCAUACAGGCCCAGCAGGGAGGUCUCACGGGGAUUCAGCCAUUAUCUCAGCAAUUGGAGUCAGAAUAGUCAAAAAGAAUAGUAAUUCUAUAACCUGAUGUCACACUGUAUGUUCCAUCAAGUCUCCACUCACUGGCAAGUCAUUUAUAUUCAAUCUGCAGCCAAGAUUAAUGCAGUCUAACAACUCCCUGCAAGCACAUGGUUCUACAAGCACAUGCUGUUCCCAGUGAAUGUUCAGGACUGUUUUAUGCAAUUGGAUUGUGUUAUUGUGCUGCUCAAGCUGCUGUAUAUACUGCUCUCAGGGUCCUGCUAUAACACUGCUGCAGUUUGCCCCACACUCCUGCCACUGCUGUAACUUUCUUAAAGAGACAGUAACCAUUUUCAGCAAAAGUGCAAAAUGUCUCAGCAAGGCUCUGUGCAUUCAUUUUCAACUGAAGCUAAGCAAGUGCACCAUGCACCAGAGCUCACAGACAUCCAGGGAGAAAACCCCAUAUAUACUGCAGAGCAAAGCGUCAGGCCCAAGCGCAUAAUAAAACCAUCUCAAAAAUCCAGAGAAAAUUAUGAGAUUACAAGGGAUGAGUUUUCAAGCAAUUUAUCAGAACUAUGGGAUAGAACUGUGCAAUGCAUGUCUGUUCUUUCACAUUCUAACAAUGACGCAGCCGAUUUAAGAGACUGUAUAAAUCGCUUAUCUGCUAACUAUGAAAGUUAUCAGCGGCUGUCUGCUAAAUAUACUACCUUCUUAAAGGACACUAAUAUAGAGGAAUCCUCAGCAGAGCUAACCAGAUCCGAAGCCUUAGACCAAGAAAGAGUCCUUUUGGUGCAAAGCACUAAGGAUAAGGCAGAGCUCAAGAUUACACACCUGCAAGAGACUAGGUCUCACAGAUCCACAUCAUCACGGCUCACAUCAAGAUCUUCCAAGACCUCUCAUUCUAGGAAAUCCACACUAAGUGACAAGCUUAUAGAAGCCCGUGCUAAUGCAGAAGCAGUUAAGGUGCAAAUUUCCUAUGCUAAAAGAGAGGUUAAACUUAAAGCAGAAGUUGCAAAGCAGCAAGCAGAAGUUGCACGCCAGCAAUCAGAGGCAGCAGCAGAAGUUGCAAAGCAGCAAGCAGAAGUUGCACGCCACCAAGCAGAAGCAGCGGCAGAAGCUGCACGCCAGCAAUCAGAGGCAGCAGCAGAAGUUGCAAGAAAGCAAGCAGAAGCUGCACGAAAAAGGGCAGAAAUGGAAGCCGAAUUAGAAAUUCUUCAAAUGGAAAAGGAAAAAGCAGCAGCUAUUGCAAGGUUAAAGGUCUUUGAGCAAGCACUGGGAGAAUGGCAUGAACCAGACUGCCCUAUCCCAGCAGAGUCUGAAGAUCCUGUUGAACGCACAAGUAAAUAUGUACUAAACCAGGACUCAUCUAAUGACAACCAAUCAAUCUUACAAAAUCCAAGGAUAACUCCUGCAACUCAUAACACAGGUCAGCCUCUUUUACCUGUUACUACUAACACUGCUGUUCCUUACAGUACCCAAACCAUGGAGCUGCCACUGCUGACACAGCGACAGACCAACUACACAGACGUAGUCACUCAGCAUGAGAUGAUACCCCCUACCAUCUCUCAGGUGAAUUCCAGUGACAAACCUCAGUUUAAACUAGAGCCAGCAAGUGCCUUAGAGACCAAACCACUGCUGAAUGCUUACGCCACUUCAUUUUAUCCUGGUUCAUCUCACCUUUAUACACCGGGAAGCUUAUACAACCCCCAGGUUCCACAAGUUACCCAGGCACCAAAGAGUGAGAGAUCAGACCUGUCUGACUUUGCCAGGUAUAUGAUACGUCGUGAGCUCAUUAACGUUAGUCUCUCAAGGUUUGAUGGCUGUCCUGAGAAUUAUAGAGCCUGGAGAUCUACGUUUAAAGCUGCAAUUGCUGACCUCAACCUCACAGCCAAAGAGGAACUUGAUUUACUCAUCAAAUGGCUAGGUCCAGAGUCUGCAGAUCGUGUUAAGAGACUAAGAGCUGUGCAUGUUGACUACCCAGAUGCAGGUCUUGCUGCUGCUUGGGGAAGACUUGAACAAACCUAUGGUAGCUCUGAAGCCAUAGAAAGUGCCUUGUUUAAGAGACUACAAUCUUUCCCAAAAAUAACCAACAAAGACAAUCACAAGCUGCAAGAACUCAGUGACCUUCUGAUGGAGCUGGAGUUAGCUAAGGCAGACCCUCGUCUCUCAGGACUCAGCUACUUGGAUACUGCUCAUGGGGUGAACCCAGUAGUAUUGAAGCUACCAUAUGGGCUGCAAGAGAAGUGGGCCACAGUGGGCUCAAAGUACAAGAAACAAUAUAAUGUAUCCUUCCCUCCAUUUUCAUACUUCUGCAAAUUCAUCAGCGACUAUGCCUGGGUCAAAAAUGAUCCAAGCUUCAGCUUUAGUGAACCCAACCUUUCUGCCUCAUCAUCUGCACGGCAUGACAACACAGCUACUAAACACAGAGACUUGCGUGGCACUGUGUCUGUGAGAAAGACAGACAUCCCUCCUGCUACAAAUUCUUUAGCUGACAAAACUUCUGCUGGGAAAACCGAGGAUCCUAACCGUCAGUGUCCAAUUCACAGGAAACCACAUCCACUUAAGAAAUGUCGUGGGUUCAGGGCAAGGUCUUUAGAGGAGCGCAAGGAGCUUCUCCAGAAGUUUGGGGUCUGCUAUAAGUGCUGUGCCUCCUCAGAUCAUUUUGCUAAGGAUUGCAAGACUGUUAUUAAGUGCACUGAGUGCAGCAGUGACAAGCAUAUUGCGGCAAUGCAUCCAACACCUCUUCCUGAUAGUCCACAGUCUCCAACCCCCAUCUCAAAUCAUGGCGGGGAGGAACAAGGAUGUGUUCCUGCUUCAACAAAGAUUUCAACUUCAUGUACCGAAGUCUGUGGAGAAGGCUAUAGUCCCAAAUGCUGUGCCAAGGUAUGCCUAGUCCGGGUAUAUCCUGAAGGUCGACCAGAGAAAGCAAUAAAGACUUAUGCUAUGCUUGAUGACCAAAGCAACAGAUCUUUGGCAAGACCGCAGUUCUUUGAGAUUUUCAACAUCAAGGGAGAUGCAGAACCCUAUACACUCAAUACCUGUGCUGGUCAUAUAGAGACUCUGGGCAGGAGGGCUACUGGGUACAUUAUCUCCUCAAUUAAAGGUAACAUUCAUCUGCCUUUACCUACACUAAUUGAAUGUGAUGAGAUACCUAAUAACAGGGAAGAGAUUCCCACACCAGAAGCUGCAUGCCACCAACCCCACUUAAGGCACCUCGCCAGUCAGAUUCCUGCCAUUGAAAAGGAUGCUGAAAUCCUGCUCUUGUUGGGAAGAGACAUUCUUAGAGUCCAUAAGGUACGGCAACAGUGCAAUGGUCCUCAUGAUGCUCCCUAUGCGCAAAGACUUGACCUAGGCUGGGUAAUAGUGGGCGAUGUUUGUCUAGACAAAAUGCACAGGCCAUCUGAAGUUGACUCCUUUAAAACUCAUGUAUUGCAAAGUGGACAAGCAACUCACUUCACACCAUGCCCACAUCAUUUUGAGGUAAAGGAGAAUCCUAAGUAUAUGAUCCCAGUAUCCAGUGUCACUCCCAUCUUCUGUGAUGACAACUUUGGGGAUACAGUGUUUCAUACUACAAGUGAUGAUAACAAAAUUGCACCUUCCAUUGAGGACAAGGAGUUCAUAAAAAUUAUGGACACUGAAUUCUUUAAAGACAACUCUAACAGUUGGGUUGCACCCUUGCCAUUCCGCUCUACAAGAAUCAAACUUCCAAACAAUCAUGAGCAAGCCAUGUCCAGAUUUGCCUCAUUGCAGAGAACCCUUAAAAGCAAGCCUGAAAUGAAAGAACAUUUUAUUGCCUUUAUGAAGAAAAUAUUUGACAAUGAUCAUGCUGAACCAGCCCCACCACUACAAGAACACGAUGAAUGCUGGUACCUACCUUCCUUUGGAGUGUAUCACCCACGCAAACCAAAACAAAUCAGGGUGGUAUUCGACUCCAGUGCCAAAUAUCAAGGUACUUCUCUCAAUGAUGUUCUUCUCACUGGUCCCAACCUAACUAACAACCUUGUAGGAGUACUUAUGAGGUUCAGAAGGGAGCCAGUUGCAAUCACAGCAGAUAUCCAGCAGAUGUUCCAUUGUUUUAUCGUACGAGAGGACCACAGAAACUUUCUCAGAUUCCUCUGGCACCGUAACAAUGACAUCAACAGCGAAGUAAUGGAAUACCGCAUGAAAGUGCAUGUCUUCGGUAACAGUCCAUCACCUGCUGUUGCUACAUAUGGUCUAAGAAGGACUGCUUGUGAAGGUAAAUGUGAGUAUGGUGCAGAUGCUCAACACUUUGUGGAGAGAGACUUCUACGUGGAUGACGGCCUUAAAUCUUUACCAACAGACCAAGAGGCUAUUGACUUACUCAGAAGGACACAGUGUAUGCUUUCUGAGGCUAACCUCAGACUCCACAAGAUUGCUUCAAACAGUACAGCUGUAAUGAAAGCCUUCCAUUCUGAUGAUCAUGCCACAGAAUUUAAAGACUUAAAUUUGGGAACAGAUGAGCCACCCAUUCAGAGAAGCCUUGGCUUAAGAUGGGACUUAUUGCAUGACACAUUUGGCUUCCAGGUUACCGUGGCAGAUAAGCCAUUUACCAGACGUGGUGUCUUAUCAAUAGUGAACAGCCUGUAUGACCCUCUGGGGUUUGUAGCACCCAUCACCAUACAAGGUAAAUCCUUGCUAAGACAGCUAUCAGAGACUGUUAAGGACUGGGAUACUCCUUUACCAAUUGAUAAGCAGUCAAAAUGGGAGUCAUGGAAGCAUUCUUUAAAGGCCCUGGAAGAGCUUCACAUACCUAGGUGCUAUACUUCAAAUUCUCUUGCUGCCAACCAGGAGAGAGAGAUCCAUAUUUUCUCAGAUGCAUCUACUGAAGCCAUAGCGGUUGUGGCCUACCUCAAGGUAAGAGACACUUGUGGCCAACCUCAUGUAGGUUUUCUGUUUGGCAAGGCUAAGUUAGCACCAAAGCCUGAGCACACUAUCCCAAGGCUUGAACUUUGUGGAGCUGUACUAGCAGUAGAAAUCGCAGACUUUAUAUUGUGUGAGCUAGAUAUUCAAAUUGAUGCCGUCAAAUUCUACACAGAUAGUAAAGUUGUUCUAGGCUACAUAUAUAAUCAGACAAGACGUUUUUAUGUGUAUGUUAGCAACCGCAUUGAGAGAAUCAGAAAAUCCACUAAACCAGAACAGUGGCAUUAUGUUCCAUCUGAACUUAACCCUGCAGAUCAUGCAACCAGGCCUGUGUCCACAGCUAUUUUUGCAGGUACCACAUGGUUAGCAGGUCCUGAAUUCUUGCUGGAUUGCUCAGAGGCUACAACAACUGCAGAUGCCUUCCGGCUCUUAGAUCCUGACAAAGACUCUGAGAUUCGUCCUGAAGUUUCAACCCUUGUCACAAGAGUUAACCAAGGGUCCAAUCUGGGUUGCCAACGCUUUGAACAUUUCUCCAAGUGGACAAGACUAGUGCUCACCAUUACAAGAAGUGUCUGCUAUAAUCAACUCAAGGCCUCUGGUUCCAGUGUCUGCAGACCCAGAAUCUCCGGUCAUCCUCACCCCAGCCACUCUUCUCACCCAGAAAAUUGGAAAUGCCCCCAUUCCACCUGGUGACUUUGCAGCAGGGAACCUCUACCAAAGCCAGUGGAAGCGUGUGCAGCAUAUGGCUAACUGCUUCUGGAACAGAUGGAAGAGGGAAUACCUCACUCUUUUGCAAGGACGCAGAAAGUGGCAAAGACCGACUCCUAAUCUGAA